AUGGCGGAUGCUAAUAAUUAUUCAGAUCGAACGGUACCACUUCCUCCUUCUGUUGAGCAAUUGAUAACCAAAAUUUGUAUGGAGCAGAAUCAAAGGCCGUUAGAAACCAAAACGAGGCACAAACUUGCUUCUCUAGGCGAGGUAGAGGCGCUUAAUAUCCUCCAUAAAAUCUCCGGUCACAAAAUCAGGAAAACUUUGGACGCUUUCAUUUUCUACUUGGCCAUUAGUUCCAACAGUAGUAGUGGUACCUCUUCUCCUUCUCCCACCAAACGCUUGUGUUUGUCUCCUCAGUAUCAACAACAAAAGAUCGAUCGUCUUUUAGUCACCCAAACUCGCCUCACGAUGUCUCCUGAUCAAGAGGUUAGAAAAUGUUUUGACGGUUUCGUUUUGGACAUGGCCAAACAGUUCUCUUCUAACGUUAAUGUCUCUUCUUCUUCUUCUCCUCCUUAUCCUUCUCCCAACAAGUGCUCUCUUCCUCCUCAACAACAGCAGAUUUGGAGCCACAUUACACCAAUCCGUUCGCUGAUGAAUUCUCCAAGUGAUUUUGGUGCUCAAUCUCCAACUCCAUUGAAGCUUGAAGGUUCAACUAUGGAUUCACAUAGACAGGGAGGUAGUGAGUCAACAGUAAGUCAACAGCUGGUGGCUUUGGGAGAGCUUGAGUUUAGAAAAGCUUUUCUCAUUUUAAGUUACAUUGGAGGAAAGAGUUUGGAAGAGGUUGUAUCCGCUGACCAAAUUAGGCGGUUGAAAGAUUUGCCAAUGACAACAUUUGAGUCAAAAAUUUGGGUAGAGUUUGGAUGUAGGUGUGGUUAUAUAGAGGAAGAAGAUCGUGUCAAGUCGCGGUAUCUUGAUUGGGAUUCUGGGAAAACGCAUAUCUAUCACUGCCAUGUUUAUCCAGAUGGAAGUUACAGGUUCAAGGGACCUUACCUAAUCAAGCAGAGAAAUUUCUUGCAAAGGACCCUGGGGGAUGACAGUGUCUUGAUGGUCAAGUUUGCAGAGGACGUGAGAGAUUCAGUGAGUAGUCCUCUGGAUGAUUAUUUUGCCAAGUACAGCAAGGUUCUUAGAGAAGGGAUUCUCGUCGGUUUGCGUUGUUACCGCUUUUUUGUAUUUAAAGAUGGAGGCAAAGAAGAAAAAAAGAAAGACCCAACUACAUCUCCUGUGAAGUGUUUUUUUGUCCGCAUGGAAUCUGUUGCAUCGAUUGACAAUCAAGAGUAUAUUUUGUGUGGGAAAACAAUCCGUCAAGCUCGAUCUCUCUUUAUGCAUGCGGACAAUUUGGAUAGUUUGUCCAACUAUAUGGCUAGGUUUUCACUGAUUUUGUCGAAGACUAUGAACCUGGAAGUGGAUUUAUCUUGUGUACGUAUUGAGAUUAUACCUGAUGAACCAUGCCGGGAUAAAGAUGGUAAUGUUGUUCACGGUAAAGAUGGGAAAACUCUCAUACAUACUGAUGGAACUGGGUUUAUAUCGCAUGAUUUGGCUCUGAAAUGCCCAAAGAAUGUGUUCAAAGGAACUACCUUAAAAGCUUCCACUAUUGAGAGAUUACCUGUUCAUAAUGAAGUCAUGGAGAAAUAUCCAGAAUGUCGUUAUGGGGAGCCACCUUUGCUGAUCCAGUUUCGUCUCUUCAAUAACGGUAGAGCUGUGAAGGGAACUUUCCUUGUGAAUAAGAAGGAUUCUAUGAUUAAGGUUGAGGCAGAUCCACAACUAUCAAAUACUUUCACGAAAAAUUCCUUGGAAAUAGUUGGAACCAGCCUUCAACCGAAGAAAACGUUCCUUUCAAAGAAUUUAAUUGCACUUCUUAGCUAUGGUGGGGUUCCAGAAGAGUUUUUUAUGGGAAUAUUGAAUAGUGCUCUGGAAGAUGCACAUGUUGCACUUAACUAUGGGGAUAUGGAUGAUAACCUUGUGGCAACAAUGAUCAGCUGUGGGAUUCCACUAGAAGAACCAUAUUUGCAAGAUCCUGAUCCGACUGGACUCUUGGAGAGUAAUGAAGUUUGUAUAAUACUAGACAAUGGCCAUGUUUCAGGGGAGUUAUUAGUGUAUCGAAAUCCAGGUUUACACUUUGGAGAUAUUCACAUUCUAAAGGGUACAUACGUGAGGGAAUUGGAAGAGUUUGUCGGAAAUGCAAAGUAUGCUAUUUUUUUCCCAUGCAAAGGACCGCGGUCUUUGGCAGAUGAGAUGUCAGGUGGUGAUUUUGAUGGUGACAUGUUUUUUGUGUCAAGAAAUCCGCAGCUGCUGCAAAAGUUCAAACAAACGGAACCUUGGACACCUUCUUCUUCAACCCUUAAUAUGCUUAACAAAAAACCAAGUGAAUUCUCAGAUGAGGAGUUGGAGGCUGAGCUUUUCAAACUAUUCUUGAGGAAUAGGUUUCAACCAAGUUACACUGUGGGGGUUGCAGCAGAUAGCUGGCUGGCAAUAAUGGAUAGACUUCUAACACUGGGAACUGAUUCCUUAGAAGAGAAAGCUUGUAUGAAAGAGAAUAUCUAUCAGUUGAUUGAUAUAUACUAUGAUGCACUAGAUGCUCCAAAGAAAGGUGGAAGAAAGAUGAUCACUUAUCCCAAUCUUCAUGUGAACAUGGCCAAGCAGAUUGAAUUCCCUGAUGCUUUCUCUGUCUACAAGCCUUUAGAACUUCUAGAAGGUUUGAAGGCAGAUCUGUUCCCACAUUUUAUGGAAAGAGAAGAAGAGCAAUCUUAUCGAUCUACUUCUAUCUUGGGAAAAAUUUAUGAUAAAGUGAAAGCAUACGAAGAUAUGGAUCUGUCAUCAAAUGAUGUUUGGAAACUCCCUUGCUUUGACGAUGAAGUCAAUGAGUCGUACAUUGUGAAGUGGGAGACACACUAUGAUCAAUACAAGAAAGAUAUGUGCAAUGCUUUAAAGGCUGGUAAAGGGAAAAACGACAAAGCUGAUGAAGUCAUUAAAAAAUAUAAGGAGAUCUUAUAUGAUGCUGCGGAAUUUAAUCUGAGCAAACGUAGAGAUGAGGAAAUCUUUGAGGAGGCCAGGGCUCUAUAUCAGGUUACUUACAAUCAUGCCAAGAUUGAAGGAGUUGUUAGAAAAUGCAGCUUUGCAUGGAGAGUUGCCGGUUUAGCUCUUUGCACGCUCUACGUUUCGAAGAAUCAGCGCGAAAGCCCUAUGAUAUGUUCACCAUCUGCUCUGAAAGGGAUUUUGUAG